CCUCCAUCUUUCCCUCCAUCCCUCUUUUCUCUCUCUCCCUCUCUCUCUCUUUCUCUCUAUACCACCCACCCCAGUGACUCCACCCUGCAGCAGAUAAAAGCUGUGUCCACAAGGUGUGCCCCUGUUAUGAGCACAUAUCCCAGGGUUCCCUCCGUGUGGUUGUCUGUCUGCCUGCAAUUCUGUGUGUGAGUCUGACUGCAGUGAUUAUUUCCCCAUAAGCGGCCACUCACAAAGGCCUUGGCCAUGCCUCCCCUCCCUGCUCCCCUGUUCCUCACGCUGCUACAGCUUUUAGUCCUCACGUAUGUGAGUGCUGCUGCAUACUAUGGACACAAGCAACACCCUCAACCAUACCAGCCAAUGCAACACAUUCAACACAUGGGCAAAGAAGGUUAUCCCCAGCAACAAUACCUUGGAAAAGAGAUGCCCUACAUGCAGUAUCCCCACUACAGGAAGGAGUUGCCCCAAAUGCCCAUGCUCAAGGGUAAAGACAAUGCUCGUAAAGGGGGCAACUAUAAGGGCGGCCAAGAUAAAGGUCAGACAAUCCCUAGUGGUGCUGAGGGAAUACCCCAAGGUGAACAAGGACCAGCUGGGCCACCUGGACCAGAGGGACCUGCUGGACCUCCUGGACCUCCAGGAACUGGACAGCCUGGACCUGCAGGACUUCCUGGACCUCCUGGUCCACAAGGUGUGCCCGGUGUUGGCAAACCAGGUUUGCAGGGGCUGCAAGGCAAGCCAGGAGGAAAUGGUGAGGCUGGGCCUCAAGGAGAAAUGGGGCCUAGAGGUGAAGAGGGGCCAACGGGUCAGCCAGGGCCUCAAGGUCCACCAGGACCACCUGGGCUUCCAGGAAUAGGUAAACCAGGAACACAUGGUUUACCAGGUCAACCAGGGCCCAAGGGAGAACCCGGUCACAAAGGCCUGCCAGGACUACCAGGACUACCAGGACCCAAAGGAGACAAAGGGAUGGGUCAACCGGGCCAGCCUGGUCAUAAAGGGCUCCCAGGGCCUCCUGGACCUGCUGGCCCAAGAGGGUUGCCUGGUUUUGGAAAACCAGGGUUAAAUGGGGCACCAGGUCCCCAAGGGCCACCAGGAGAGAAAGGUCAUCCAGGUGAGCAAGGACCAGCAGGACCCUCUGGAGAAGGAGGACAGCCUGGCCCACCAGGUCUACCUGGUCAAGGAAAGCCAGGUCAAAAUGGCCUGCCAGGACAACCAGGCAUGCCUGGUGGGAAAGGUCAUCCAGGACCACCAGGUUUGCCAGGAAAGCCAGGACUGCCUGGAUUUGGUAAACCAGGACUCCCCGGACCUAAGGGUGAUAAAGGUAUGGGUGGACCACCUGGAUCUCCAGGACCAAAAGGAGAGAAAGGUCAUGGAGGACUUCCUGGUAUGCUUGGUCCCCCAGGACCAAGUGGUCCGCCGGGUCUUCCAGGUCCGAUGGGACCCCCAGGGGGUUUAGGUGGACCUGGUCCUAAAGGGGACUGUGGAGAAGGGGGACCUAAAGGGCUUGAUGGAGCCCAGGGCCUUCCUGGCCCUCAAGGAUUACCUGGUAAGGAUGGUCUGCCAGGAGACCGUGGAGAUCCAGGACCAAGAGGUUCACCAGGACUAAGUGGUCCCAAAGGAGACGAAGGGCACAAAGGUCUUCCUGGUACACCUGGUCCUCCAGGACUCCCUGGACCAAAAGGAGAGGGCGGAUUACCUGGUGAAGUGGGGCCUCAAGGACCCAAGGGAAUCCCAGGAAUGGAUGGGACAGCAGGACCAAUUGGGCUUCCUGGUCUUCCUGGGCCAAAAGGAGACAGUGGCACUCCUGGUCCACCAGGCACUGUAGGUGAAGGGAGUCCUGGUGUACCUGGUCCCAUAGGACCGCCAGGCAAAGAAGGCCCCUCAGGGCCCUCUGGACAACCAGGUCAGCCUGGCCCUCCUGGACCACCAGGCCCACCUGGAGCACCUGGCUUGUCCCCUGAUAUGGCCGGAGUGCUCUCUGAGAUGGGCCCUGGACUAGAUGGUGUCAAGGCUGGAAGUUACGGAGUGAAAGGCAAGUAUGCAGGCAACGGGGCAGAAGUAUUGGGCCCCAGCGGGUUGGAAAUGCCAGCAUUCACAGCAAUAAUAACAACUCCCUUUCCACCUGUGGGCACUCCAGUCAUCUUUGACAAGCUUUUAUACAACGGUCGCCAGAACUAUAGUCCUCAGACAGGAAUUUUCACCUGUGACCUUCCUGGCAUCUAUUACUUUGCCUACCACAUUCAUUGCAAAGGAGCUAAUGUGUGGGUGGCUCUGAUGAGAAACGAUGAGCCAGUGAUGUAUACAUAUGAUGAAUACAAAAAGGGAUUCCUAGACCAAGCAUCAGGGAGUGCAGUAUUACCUCUACAGCCUGGGGACACUGUGUAUAUUCAGCUGCCCUCCGAUCAGGCCUCCGGACUCUAUGCUGGGCAGUACGUACAUUCCUCCUUUUCUGGGUACUUGUUAUAUCCAAUGUAAAACCACAAACUGAAGGAAGGGAGAGGCUUCAGUGUGAAACCUGAUCGUAAAUUACCUUUUAAAUGCAAAGUAAAUGGUUGAUCUUGGCAACAGAGAUGAGAAGACAAGAAAAAUUGUUUGAAGGAAGUUGAAUGGCCUGUAUAUACAGCAGCUUUAAAGCCGACGAGAGGAGCUGCGUUUUCUUUUACAAUUUGGAAGAUAUGAAAGAAUGUACAAAGGGCAUCCAAAGAACAACUCAAAGAUGUAUUUUUUACACACAAAUGUGCCACAAAUUUGUUAUUAGGUACAAACACAUGAGGUGAACAUGUGACAUUUAUCUAAAAGACAAAACACACUGUACAGUGUAAUUACACUGUUGUAACAGCGUCAAAUUUAGCCUGUGCAAGUCUUCAAAAUUGGCAGCUACACCAUGAGACAAAUAAUGUGAAAGAGUGUGAAAAACUAAAGAAGGAAGACGCAGAUUCAUUUAGGCAGGAAAUGUGUGUUUUUUUGCAUGAAUACUUUUGUACAAACACCGCUUGUUUCUCUAUUAAUAAGAGUAAAAAUAUAAAACGACCUCUUGAAAAUGAUAACGCAGAUCAU